GCGAAGCCGAAGCAACUGAACUGAAAAGUGAAAAGCUCAGAAACCGUUGCUCCUCUUUCUUGACUUCUUGGCGUGCUUAUGAUUGUGACGCAGAGAAAUGGCGUCGAAGCUGAGAACGUGUUUCGUGUGUUGGAAUCUGAGUGCCUUCAACUCCAAUGGCAAUAGGAUAGUGCGCGUUUCGUUUCCUGCUUCUUGCAAAAUGCGACACCGCACUCUCAGCAGUUCGCAGAAUAGGAGACCACAGAUCAAGCCUUCCGCGGAGAGAGGUCUCCCUCAGAAUCAAGUUGAAGAAGGAGACACGGAGGUUUUAUCGAACAAUGAAGAUUUCGUGGAAAGCUCGAAUGAUACGGCCGCUGCUUUGGCCACAAACAUAAAUGGAGCAGAGCAGGCUGAACAGUUGUCUAGUAGGCAACUUGAGGAUUUGCUGGGCAUGAUAAGAAAUGCAGAGAAAAACAUUCUUCUUUUAAAUCAGGCUAGAGUUCGUGCACUUGAAGAUCUUGAAAAGAUUCUUACUGAAAAGGAAGCAUUGCAAGGAGAAAUCAAUGUCUUAGAGAUGAGGUUGGCUGAGACUGAUGCACGGAUUAAAGUUGCCACCCAGGAAAAGAUACAUGUGGAACUCUUGGAGGGGCAGUUGGAGAAACUGCGUAAUGAGUUGGCUCAAAAAGAAAGUACUGAAGGAAAAUAUGUUGAAUCACUUGAUCUUCAAAAUGGAGAUUCGAGUGAUGCAAACCCUCUAAGUAAUAAAGAUAGCAUUCAUUCCCUUACCGAGGAGCUUAAUUCAUUAAGGGCAGAAAAUGCCUAUUUGAAGAAGGCCAUAGAAUCAUUUAAAACACAAAUUAUUGAUGUCAAGAAUAAUGAUGAACGUUUGGUGGUAUUGGAAAAAGAACGGUCAUCUUUGGAAUCAGCCCUAAAAGACUUGCAAUCAAAACUAUCAAUAUCUCAGGAUGAUGUAUCAAAACUUUCUUCACUUACAGAUGAAUGCAAGGAUUUAUGGGAUAAGGUUGAAAAUUUGCAAUCAUUGCUAGAUAAAGCAACCAAACAAGCUGAUCAAGCUAUUAUUGUGCUGCAACAAAACCAGGAUCUUCGAAAGAAGGUUGAUAAAUUGGAAGCAUCUCUUGAAGAAGCUAAUAUCUAUAAGCUAUCGUCUGAUAAAUUGCAAAAUUAUAAUGAACUAAUGCAGCAAAAGAUAAAACUAUUGGAGGACCGUCUUCAAAAAUCUGAUGAAGAGAUAAAUUCUUAUGUUCAGCUAUAUCAACAAUCGGUGAAGGAAUUUCAAGAUACACUUGCUACUCUUAAAGAAGAAAGCAAGAAAAGGAAAGUGGAUGAACCAGUGGAAGAUAUGCCAUGGGAAUUUUGGAGUCAACUGUUACUUCUAAUUGAUGGUUGGGCAAUAGAAAAGAAAAUAUCAGUAGAUGAUGCAAGUCUUUUGAGAGAAAAGGUAUGGAGGAGAGACAGGCGUAUUAGUGAUACAUAUAUGGCUUGCAAAAAACAGAGUGAAGAUGAAACUAUUUCUGCAUUUCUCAGGCUUUUAUCAUCUAAAACAAGUCCAGGAUUACACGUGAUUCAUAUUGCAGCAGAGAUGGCACCAGUAGCUAAGGUUGGUGGUUUGGGGGAUGUUGUCAGUGGUCUAGGUAAAGCACUGCAAAAGAAAGGACACCUUGUUGAAAUUGUGCUUCCCAAAUACGAUUGUAUGCAAUAUGAUCGUGUUCAUGACUUACGGGAACUGGAUGUGUUGAUAAGUUCAUACUUUGAUCGUCAAUUAUACAAAAGUAAAAUCUGGAUUGGCACUGUUGAAGGCCUUCCUGUUUAUUUCAUUGAGCCUUAUCAUCCUGAUAAGUUCUUCUGGAGAGGAAAGUUUUAUGGCGAGCAUGAUGAUUUCAGACGAUUUACAUUUUUUAGCCGUGCAGCUCUCGAGUUUCUUCUUCAAGCUGGCAAGAAGCCAGAUAUCAUUCAUUGUCAUGAUUGGCAGACAGCAUUUAUUGCUCCUCUGUACUGGGAUAUAUAUGCCCCAAAAGGAUUAAAUUCAGCUAGGAUAUGCUUUACAUGCCAUAACUUUGAGUAUCAAGGGACUGCAGCAGCUUCAGAGCUAGAAUCAUGUGGUCUUGAUAGCCACCAACAAAACAGACAUGACAGAAUGCAGGAUAACUCAUCACAUGAACGAGUUAAUUCUGUCAAGGGUGGAAUUGUCUUCUCAAACAUUGUGACAACAGUUUCACCUACUUAUGCCCAAGAAGUGAGAACUCCAGAGGGAGGACAUGGUCUCCAUUCAAUACUCGCUACCCACACCAAAAAGUUCAUUGGUAUUCUUAAUGGUAUUGAUACUGAUGCAUGGAAUCCUUCCACUGAUGCAUUUCUUCCAGUCCAGUACAGUGCAACUGAUCUUCAAGGAAAAACAGAGAAUAAGCAAGCCUUGAGAAGGAACCUAGGUCUCUCAUCAGCAGAUGUUAGGAGGCCAUUGGUUGGCUGUAUAACAAGAUUGGUUCCACAAAAAGGUGUUCAUCUUAUUAGACAUGCGAUAUUUCUAACAUUGGAGUUGGGAGGACAAUUUGUUCUACUUGGUUCAAGUCCAGUGCCACAUAUUCAGAAAGAAUUUGAGGGCAUUGCCAACAGCUUUCAGAAUCAUGAUAACGUAAGGUUGAUAUUGAAGUAUGAUGAAUCUCUCUCCCAUGCCAUUUAUGCUGCAUCUGACAUGUUCAUCAUUCCAUCUAUCUUUGAACCUUGUGGCCUAACACAGAUGAUAUCAAUGAGAUAUGGUGGCAUACCUAUUGCAAGAAAAACUGGUGGCCUCAAUGACAGUGUGUUUGAUGUUGAUGAUGAUACAAUACCUUCACAGUUUCGAAAUGGAUUUACAUUUGUGAAUGCCGACGAGCAGGGAUUAUCCGAUGCUCUGGUACGAGCAUUAAAUCUCUUCAAGAACAAUCCUGAGAGUUGGAAGCAACUUGUUCAGAAGGUCAUGAACAUAGAUUUCAGCUGGGAAUCAUCAUCAGCACAAUAUGAGGAUCUCUACAUAAAGUCUGUGACUAGAGCAAGGGCAGCAAAACGUGCUUAAUUGUGUAUAAGAAGGCUUCCCUCUGCAAUGGUUCAAUUUUGUCACUUUUUCUACAUAGAGAUGAGAGGUCAGAGUUAAAGAUAAAUUGGCAGAAUUUAACUGAGCAUACCAGCCAUGCAAGAACAUCUCAGAUUUGGGAAUGAAAUAUCAAUGGAUGCUGAAAAUAUGCUGCAAGUUCCAUGCCUCAUCUCGCAGAUACUCCUUUUUUUUUUUUUUUGAAAUGGGGAUUGAUCACGGAAGAAAUCUCUCUCAUAUACUUCGAUGAAUUCUAGGUGAUAUUUCAACUUUACUAUGCCUUGCAACGUUGUGUAGUUUUUUUUUUUCUUCUAUUAUUAGGGCUAUUCUUCUCUUCUUUUUUUUCUUUCUUUUUUUUAAUAUUU